AUGGCCGUUCUCGCGGCAGCCGACGUUGCCCUAACUAAUUUCUCGUACCACUUGAUUCCCAUCAGCACGCUCACGCUCAUCAAGUCGUCUCUCGUCUUCUUCACCUACAUUCUGUCAAUCGCAUAUGGCCCUGAACAGAUGACCCCGCUCUCUCCUCCUUCUUCAGGCUUGGAACGGUUCAGAUUGGGCAUAUUUGCGACCAUGGUGGUCAUAAUGGGGAGCAUCUGUGUCACGGUCCCCAAAAUGGAAGUGAAAAAGUUUUUCGGGGUUGCGGUCGCCUUCGGAGCCGUCAUUGUUGGCGCCCUGAGAUGGGUGCUGGUACAUCGGGCCUUCAAACGCUACCCGAGUCUCUCAAUCAUACAACUCUUACUCCUCAUGCAGCCCUUGGCAAGCAUCGCGCUGUCUCCCUUAGUCGUUUUUUAUGAAAUUCCUGCAUUCCUAAGUUCUCUGGCAGAUGCUUUUGAUCCUUCAAAACUGUUCGCAGCCGCCGUCGUUACGGCAUUAGGCGUGGGGGUCGCGGUUGCGGUCGUUUUUUCUGAGUUCCGUCUUGUUGGUCUCACGUCGUCGGUAUCGCUCUGCGUGGCGGGUGUGGGGAAAGAAGUGUUGACAAUCCUGAUGUCCGUGGUGAUCUUCGGCGAAGUCCUGUCACCGGUUGUCCUUCUCGGAACCCUGUCUUCGAUCGCGGGAAUACUUUUCUAUUGUUGGUUGAGAUACAAAGAGUCCUCUUCAGGAGCUCGAAGGACCAGCGAGGCAAGGCGGUUUUCUCCAAAAGAUGUUGACGAAGCUCAACAGAUAAUGGAAAACCAAUAA